AUGUCUUCCAUCCCCAAGUCCGACGAGGCCCUCUACGCCGAGGCCGCCGCCGAGUGGCAAGCCGAGCACGACGCCGGCCUCGACUCCCUCUGCUCCAUGGGCGACGCGCUCAUCGCCGAAGUCGAAGCCCACGAGCAGCAGAAGCGCGCCGCCACCAAGCCCGACCCCGCCGCCUCCUGCCCGGUGCUCAAGUGCAUCGACUUCGCGAACAUGAACACCGCCGACAUCCUCAAGGCCUACGUCGUCACCGGCAUCGUCCCGGUCCACCCGCAGACCGUCUCGGACUUCGGCUUCAACCGCACCGUCACCCAGGCGGACGGUUUCCAGCUGCUGGAUGUGUAUCGCCACCUCAUGGUCACUGCGCUCAGCGUCACCUCGGGCGAGGACAAGCUCCGUGCUGCGCUGGAGGCGGGCGGGGGUAGUCCGGAGGAGAUGAAUCGGCUCAAGGAUACUUUCCGCUGGCUCACCCGCAACCGCUACAUCUGGGACCUCACCUACGCCAACUCCGAGACGCGCGCCUACAUGGACGCGGCCGGCGCCAAGCCCAUCAACACCAAGGCCGACUUCCUCGAGCAGGUCAAGCUGAUGAGCGACGGUCUGUUCAAAGUCGCCGACAGCGGCGAGGCCAGUGUCCACCACCUCACGGGCCCGGGCGGCAUGCCCUUCGCGCCGAUUAUGUACAUGCCCGGCGCGAACCUGGCGGGCUUCGCGGAGGAGAUCAAGGCGCAGCAGGUUGCGGCCAAGGUUGCGCGGAAGAAGGCUGCUAUGGCGCAGGAGAAGUAG